CUUUAGUAAGCAAAAGAAGAUGGCAAUCUCUGAUGGAGGAAGAAACUACAAUCUAUCAAGCCAUGCAAUUGACGACCGCAAUCGCAUUACCUAUGGCAUUGAAGACUGCCAUGGAUCUCGGCCUCCUCGAGAUCAUGGAUAAAGCAGGGCCUAGUACUCAUCUUUCUCCUUCCGACAUUGCUGCUCGUGUUGAUCCUAAUACGAACGACCACACCCGGAUGGUACAGAUGGUUGAUCGCAUCCUUCGACUCCUCAGCUCUCACUCUGUUGUGUAUUGCUCGGUAGUUGAGGAUGAGCACAACCAGAACGACGGUCAAGUCCAGAGGCUAUACACUUUAGCUCCUCUUUCGCGCUACUUCCUUCAAAGUAAAGAUGAUCAAGGUUCUUUAGCACCCAUGUUCAGUACGAUCAACGACAAGUUCAUGACCAACGUCUGGUACUACAUGAAAGACGCGAUUCUUGAAGGGGAAGUUGCAGUGGUUAAAGCAUAUGGCAAGGAUCCCAAGGAAGCUAUCGAGAAAGACGAAAGAUUUGCUUCAAUCUUCUAUGAUGCUAUGAGAGAGUUCAAUCCCUUGUUUAUAAACAAAGUUCUGAAAGAGUACAAGGGAUUUGAAGGACUGAAUUCAGUUGUGGAUGUGGGAGGUGGAAAUGGACAAAUCCUAAAAGCAAUCAUAUCAAAGUACCCAACAAUUACAGGCAUCAACUUCGAUUUGCCAAUAGUAAUUGAAAAGCAGCCCAUCCAUCCUGGUAUCGAGCACGUUGCAGGCGACAUGCUCACCAGCAUUCCUACAGGAGAUGCAAUAUUCAUGAAGUGGGUACUUAAAAACCUAGAUGAUAAACAGUGCUUGAAUGUACUUAAGAACUGCUACACAGCAUUACCAGAAGGUGGAAAACUCAUGCUAGUGGAGCUUGUAAUACCAGAUAUUCCAGACAGUAGCAUUACCAGCCGAAGUGUGUUUCAGUUUGAUGUGUACCUGACAAAUAUGAAUGCUGGAGGAAAAGAGAGGACCGCCGGAGAAUUUCAGGCACUUGCCAAAGCAGCAGGCUUUUCAGGCAUCAAAGCCAUGGUUCGGGCUUACGAUAUGACUCUUCUGGAAUUUCAUAAAACUGCUAGCACCAACUAAAAAGAAUACUGUGAAAGUUUAAUUUGUAUUGAAAGUAUUUCAAUGUAUCAAAUUGGAAGUUUAUGCUAAA